AGCAGAUGAUCUGGUUUGUUUACCGUGCACGUGCUGUGGCCGGAAUUGUUAAUUGUUAUUAAAAUUAAAUUAAGUUAAAAUGGACAGCGAAGCAGAUGAUUAUGAGCUGACCGGCUCCGAGCAGGAGUACGAUGAGGACGAGCGCGAGAUCCUGGAAGACUUGCGCAAACAGCGUAACAAGCGUAAGCAAGACGCAUCUGCACCACAGGAGAUUCUGGCAUUCAGCGAUGACGAUGAGGACGAUGAUGACAAUGUGGCUGACCUGAUGCGCGACAGCGACAUUGAAGGGGCUGACGAUGAUGACGAUGGCCACUUGCCAAACACCAUGGACUGGGGCAGCAAGCGAAGCACCUACUACAACACAGAUUUCGUGGACCCCGACUACAGCAGCUACAACGCCCAGGAGGAGGAGGAGGCCAAGGCCGAGGAGGAGGAGGCCAAGAAGAUUCAGCUGCGCCUGGCCAAGCGAUUCAGCGAGGCUGACUUCCAGCUAGACGAUGUGCCCGCUGCCAGCAGUGACGAAGAGGCUGAUGACGAUGUGGCCAAAUCCCAUGGCAUCAAGGUGACAGCCGAUCUGACGGGUCUCACGGGGCGCGAGCGCCUGCAGCUGCUACAGAAGGACUCGCCCGAGUUCCUAGGCCUCACCCAGGACUUUCAGCUGCAUCUGGCCGAGGUGCAGCAGCUGAUCACGCCCGUGCUCAACUACGUGCGGAACCAUCAGACGGUUCCCAUGGUGCCGGCCCUGCAGUUCGCCAGUCUCUACCACAACGUCCUGGCCACCUACUGCUCCAACGUGUCCUACUACCUGCUGCUCAAGGCCAGGCGCAGCAAUGUCAAGCUGCAUCCCGUGGUCAAGCGCCUCGUGCAGCUGAAGCAGCUGCGUGAACAGCUUACGCCACGCUAUGAAACGUACAUCAAGCCCCAGCUGGAGGCUCUGCUCGAGCGUAUCCAGGAUGGUGAUGCCUUCACAGUCCUCGAUGUCGCUCAGCGCAAGGCCAAACUGCAGAUCCUCAACAGAUUCGAUCAGAGCAACGCCAGGGAGAACGGCAUUGCGACCGCUGAAGAUGCCCCUAGUGACAGCAGCGAUGACGAGGAUGACGCAAAUCUGGCGCCUGACCAAGACGAGGCUGAGGAGGAGAACGACGACCCUGAAGGUGUGCGCCGCGGCAUCACUUAUCAAAUGGCCAAGAACAAGGGCCUCACUCCACACCGCAAGAAGGAACUGCGCAAUCCCCGUGUGAAGCAUCGCGGCAAAUACCGCAAGGCUCUCAUCCGGCGCAAGGGCGCCGUUCGUGCUGUACGCAAGGAGACGCAACGCUAUGGCGGCGAAAUGUCCGGCAUUAAGGCCACUGUAACCAAGAGCGUCAAAUUCCGUACAUAAAUAAAGGAAUCCAAUAUUUUUCUACACAU